CAUGCUUGGGGAUUAUUUUUUGUUGUUAAAUCGCAUUUUUUGAAGCGUCCUGACAAAUUAGUUAAAAUGGCAGCUCAUUUGUUGUUAAUGUUUAUUCCAGCCACCAGAAGUCAAAAAUACCACCUAUGUGACUGAACGAGUAUCCGUUUAAUCAAAAUCACUUCUACAACUAAAGUAUUGGAUUUUUUGUAUUUUCUUGCUUUUUUAGUUCAAGUCGAAAAUGAAGUUUGUACGCUUUUAUUCUGAAAGGCGUGGCCCGGAAGUAGUUUAACGGCGCACACAUGUCCUCUGGAGUUUGUGUUUAUAUCUCCACGUUCAUGUGAACUGUCCACCAGACUACACACCACAAUGAACAGCUGCGGGAGGAGAGUCUGCACUGACUGGAAAACCGGCCUGAACGCAGUCCUUUCUCGGGUCAGACAGCGGGCGAACUGCCGCCGGUGUCCGGAGGCAGCAGCAUCCCUCAGCCGGAGCCUGACCACCAAGACUGAACACAGUCCAGCCUCCGACACCAGAGAGAAACCGCGGCUGAAAGCGAUCGACCUGGCCCGGAAGGUCCAACAGGAGAGGCCGAAGCCCCGGGCGGCGGCGGCGGCGGCCACGGAGCCGGAGACGGAGGCUCCGGUGUCCGGGCAGCAGAAGAGGGUGGCGGAGCUGAAACGGUUCAGUCAGCAGCUACAACACGUCCAUCCUAACGUGCUGGCCAAACAGCUCCACAGAAGCGUGCUGUACCAGGAUAAAGAUGUGGUUGUCAUAAACAAACCUUACGGUGUUCCAGUCCGAGAUGACUGUGGGGCCACAUCCAUCUCCUCGGUGCUUCCUGUUCUCUCCAAAAUGCUGGAUGGUAUGAAGGUCAACUCGGGGUCUCAGCUGCUCCCCUGUCUGGGGCUGGAGAAGGAAACGACGGGAGCUCUCUUGCUGGCCAGGAGGGAAGAAGUGGUGGAGCACAUACUCAACCUUCAGAGGAAUAACCAAGUGCAGAGAAAGUACUGGGUCAUCACAGUUGGUGUGCCUGUGCCAUCUGUAGGAGUGGUUGACAUUCCCAUCAUAGAGAAAGAGGUCCCAGGCCCUCGGCCACACUACAAGAUGGCUUUAAGUCCUCUUUUCAGAAUGAACGAUGCAGGCGACGGUUUGACCAAAGUCCGGACCAAUCGGCAGGCCCAUCCUGCAGUAACCAAAUACAGAGUCUUGGACAGCAGCGGUGGUUGCAGCCUUGUGGAGCUCCAGCCUCUGACUGGAGUGAAGCACCAGAUGAGGGUCCACAUGGCACUUGGUCUCACGUGCCCCAUUCUUGGUGAUCACAAAUAUUCCAACUGGAGCAAACUGGCACCUCAGAAAUUACCAGAACGUAUGCUGGGAAAGCUUGGACUGGAACAGAGCAAGGUCCGUCACCUUCCUCUUCAUUUGUUCGCUCGAGAGCUGACGCUGCUAGGAACCAGUGAAGUUGACCUCAGGGUGUCCAGCCCACUGCCUAAAUACUUUGUGCAAACACUGAAUCGACUGCAAUUAACUCUUCCUGAUAAAAAGGAUAAUAAAUAAUCACCUCUGUGCUUUUCUGUUCAAUUCUUUGUAAUCCAGCUUUUGUCUGAAGGAUUUCAGACUGCUGGGGGGGGGUUGUAUCAUAUGUACCAUUUAAGUUAAGUGGGAAAUUAAAUGAUAUCGAGCUGGGUUGUUGUGGGUUUGUUUGUGAGGUUGUGUAAAUGUAUCAACCACAAAUGAGACUGUGUGUAAAAUGACUGUACAGUGCUUUACAACUCAUUUUAGUAAUAAACAAAUAAAGCAGAACUGUA